AUGCGGGACAAGCUGGAUGUGAUCAUGGAUGAGAUCAUCGAGCGGCAUAAGAGAAAUCGGCGCUCCAAUUCGGAGUUUGGGAGUGAGGAUUUGGUUGAUGUGUUUCUCAGGGUUCAGGAGGAAGGGAAUCUCAAGUAUCCUAUCACCAAUGACAGCAUCAAGGCUGUGUUAAAAAUGCAGGAUUUAUUUAUAGGUGGAACUGAGACUUCAUUGACAACUAUUGACUGGGCGAUGGUGGAACUGUUGAGGCGCCAUGAAGCCAUGGCCAAGAGGGACCCGAGGUACUGGAAAGAUCCUGAGAAGUUUGAGCCCGAGAGAUUCGAGAAUUCAUCUGUGGAUUUUCUUGGCGGUGAUCAUCAGUUUUUGCCCUUUGGAGGUGGGAAAAGAAUGUGCCCUGGGAUGACGUUUGGUACGACUACUGUGGAGUCGGUUUUAGCCCAAUUGCUCUACAACUUUGAUUGGAAACUUCCGGCCGGCGUCGUCAGGGCUCAGGAUGUAGACAUGAUUGAAAGCAAUGGGAUAACAGCCGCACGGAAAGACAAUUUGUUUGUAGUUGCCACUCCGUAUAAGUAG